GUGACGCUUUCCGUCGGGAUUCUGCUGUUGCUGAUCGGCCUGGCGGCUUUAACCACGGGGUCCCUCCUGCCCUCCAAGUUGGAAGACAUUGGGGAAGCUGAGUUUGUGGUGCUGGACCAGCGAGCCGUAGAGUACAACGGUGCCCUGGGCAUCUCCCGAGCUGUCGGGAUGGUGCUGUGUGCCAUUGCUGGGGUGCUGCUGGUCGCCUCGGUGUUGUCGUCCAGGCUUGGCAGAAGGAACCGGACUGGCGGCCCAGGUGAAGAUGGCAAGGAAGAGCAGCUGUCUCCCAUCUUGCCGGAGAAUGCCCCUCAUCCGUGGGGUGCCGUCAUCUCAGCGCCCCCUGCCCCUUUCCAAGUCUCCUGGGUACAGGGCGUCCAGCCGAAAAGAGAGGUGUGA